AUGGACUGGAAGACGCUCCAGGCCCUGCUGAGCGGAGUCAACAAGUACUCCACAGCCUUCGGGCGCAUCUGGCUGUCCGUGGUGUUCGUCUUCCGCGUGCUGGUCUACGUGGUGGCCGCCGAGCGCGUGUGGGGGGACGAGCAGAAAGACUUUGACUGCAACACCAAGCAGCCGGGCUGCACCAACGUCUGCUACGACGAGUUCUUCCCCAUCUCCAACAUCCGCCUCUGGGCCCUGCAGCUCAUCUUCGUCACGUGCCCGUCGCUGCUGGUCAUCCUGCACGUGGCCUACCGCGAGGAGCGCGAGCGGCGGCACCGGCAGAAGCACGGCGACCAGUGCACCAAGCUCUACGACGACACGGGCAAGAAGCACGGCGGCCUCUGGUGGACCUACCUGCUGAGCCUCGUCUUCAAGCUCCUCAUCGAGUUCCUCUUCCUCUACGUGCUGCACACGCUCUGGUACGGCUUCGGCAUGCCCCGCCUGGUGCAGUGCGCCAACGUCGCGCCCUGCCCCAACACCGUGGACUGCUACAUCGCCCGGCCCACCGAGAAGAAGCUCUUCACCUACUUCAUGGUGGGCGCCUCUGCCGUCUGCAUCGUGCUCACCUUCUGUGAGAUCUGCUACCUCAUCUUCCACAGGAUCGUGCGAAGCCUUCACAGGAAGAGCCCGCGCGGGGGCCGCGGCCACGCCCCCUCCGCCAGCCGGGCCUCCACCUGCCGCUGCCACCACAAGCUGCUGGAGGCCGGAGACCCGAGCCCGGACUCCCGCGACGACAAGCUCUGUGCUUCGGCGCCCACCAUGACCCCCAUCUGA